GUACGUAUAACCCUAUGUGCUAAAAUCUUGGAGAACUUCCUAUUCAUAUCAGAAGAAUAGGAGAAUAGCAAGAACCGAUCCUGUCAUAUGGAGCAUAGCUCAGGCCCUCUCAAUCUCUGUCAUGUCCUCACAAAAUCAAUCAUCAUCAACCGCACCCACAUGCUCGUUCACGCCACAGCUCUAUCCGCUCUCAUAUACUAUAGAGCUUCGUUUUUCUUCAGUGAAAGUAAAUCGAGAGACAGAGCCACAACUUUGGCAUCUCUCACCAUGUUCCUUGCCGAGCUAGGGCUAUCUUUCCUGUGGCUGCUCAGCCAAGCCUUCCGGUGGCGGCCUGUGAGACGGACCGCCUUCCCCAAGCGGCUGCCAGAGGACAAGGAGCUGCCACCCAUCGAUGUGUUUGUGUGCACGGCGGACCCAGAUAAGGAGCCGACUGUUGACGUGAUGAACACGGUGGUGUCGGCAAUGGCGCUUGACUAUCCCCCGGAGAAGCUCCAUGUGUACCUCUCGGAUGAUAGCGGCUCGACACUGACCUUGCAUGGGACUAGGGAGGCCUACGAUUUCGCAAGAUGGUGGCUGCCCUUCUGCAAGAGGUAUGGGAUAAAGACGAGGUGUCCGAAGGCAUUUUUUAAGGAGGAAGAGGAUGGUGAGGGGAUUGGCAUGAGUUCUGAGAAUGAGUUUGGCUCUGAGAAGAAGAUAGUCAAGGAGAAAUAUGAGUUGUUCAAAGAACGAGUAAAUGAGUACCGAAAGAGGCACCGAGGUGACUCGAGCCACACUGGCCGAGACCAUCCGCCUACCAUCGAGGUGAUCCGAGGGAAUGUCCCUGAUGAAGUUAUGCAAGCACACCAAGACCCCAUGCCUAAGCUGAUACACGUCUCAAGAGAAAAGAGACCUUCUCAUCACCAUCACUUCAAAGCUGGAGCUCUCAACGUUCUUCUCCGGGUAUCAGGAGUGAUGAGCAACUCGCCUUUCAUUUUAGUGUUGGAUUGCGACAUGUACUGCAACGACCCUUCUUCGGCUCGGCAGGCGAUGUGUUUUCAUUUGGAUCCGAGAUUAUCUCCAUCGUUAAUGCUGGUUCAAUUUCCUCAAAUGUUUCAUAAUAUUAGUGAGAAUGACAUCUACGAUAGCAAGAUCAGACGGUACUUUUCGACAUGUUGUGUUGGAAUGGAUGGAUUGAAGGGACCUAUUUUAUCUGGGAGUUGCUCUUACAUCAAGAGAGAGUCCUUGUAUCGUAAACCCGUGCAAGAAGGUUUUGAUCUCAUGGAUUUAAAGAAACUCUUUGGCCAUUCGAAUGAAUUCAUCAAAUACCUUUGGCAAAAAGAGAAGCCAAGCAGGAACACCAUUGCUGGCGACUCUGCAGCAUUGAUGAAAGAAACCCAAGUGUUAACUUCUUGUGGCUAUGAAAAUGGCACAAAAUGGGGUCAAGAGGUGGGCUUCAUGUACAAUUCUGUGGUAGAAGACUACUUCACCAGUUUUACCUUACACUGCAAAGGCUGGACUUCAGUGUUUUAUUCCCCAUCAAAGCCGCAAUUCUUAGGGACCGCGACAACGAAUUUGAAUGACAUGUUGAUUCAAGGCAUGAGAUGGUAUUCUGGGCUGUCACGAGUUGGUAUCUCGAGAUUUUGUCCUCUGAUCUAUGGCUCGUUGAGGAUGCCCAUUCUUCAGAGCAUGUGCUAUGCUGAAGUUUCACUUUUACCCUUAUAUUGCUUGCCAAUUUUCUGCUUUGCAACCAUUCCUCAGAUCUUUCUAGUAAAUGGCAUCUCUAUAUACCCUGAGGUUUCAAGUUCAUAUAUCAUGCUAUUUGCCUUCAUCUUCCUAUCAUCCCUUUGUAAGCAUCUCUACGAAGUCGUCGCAAGUGGCCAUUCAGUCCAAACAUUCUUGAAUGAACAACGAAUCUGGAUGAUCAAGUCAACGACGUGUUAUGUAUACGGAACCAUAGACGCGAUUAUGACACAAAUCGGCAUGAGAAGAGCUAGCUUCUUGCCUACAAAUAAGGUCGACGAUGAUGAGCAAUCGAAGAGAUAUGAGAUGGGGAUAUUUGAUUUUCAAACGUCAAUAAUGUUUCUGUCUCCGAUGGUGACUCUAGUGAUAUUGAACAUGGCUUCCUUCACUGGAGGAGUCGCUAGAGUUCUUACUUUGGGAGGCUUCGACAAACUGUUCAUGCAGAUUGCACUAUCAUUUUUCGUCUUAGUGAUGAGUUACCCCGUGAUUGAAGCAAUGGUAUUGAGGACGGACAAAGGACGCAUUCCACGAUCAGUCACCAUGCUGUCUGCUUUUCUUUCCUUGGUAUUGUUGUUGCUAGGUUCAAGUUUUCUCAUGUAACAAUGAACGUUAUGCAUAAGAAGUCAUGAGUCAUUGCAGAAAAGGUCCUCAAUUGGCAUAAUUGUUGUACGUUCUCUAGAAAAUAUUCAGAAGUGACGCUGGAUUAUCGAGGACUACAAUUGUGUAAGCUUUAAAUUGACUUAUGAGACAAUUGCGACAAGAUUAGUUGUUCAACGGAUUGAUUUA